CGAAAAGUAAUAACAUUUGUUACUUUAAUGAAGAGUUUACUCGUGAAUGCUAUAAACGAUGCCAGAAACUGCAAUCAUAACGAAAAGUAUAUCUUCCCUGAAUGCUCCGAAGAGCAGCAGGGAAGAAACAAAUCAUUUUCUCGCCGAGAAGAGAUUGGCGCGAUGCAUCCAACGUAAAUUUCAAAAGUGUUCCCAACUCCCUAUACGAUGUCAGAAACCCGGUUCUUACUAUCGCCCACCGAAGACCUCCUUCAGAUUGACUGGUUUAACAACGAUAAGUCGUACAUCUCCGAUUAACACGGCCAAAAGUUGUCCAGAUAAUUCAACAUGUAACUCAAUCUUCUGCGUGAUUGGUACGCCAUGCUGCAGAAAAAGCUUAUCCAUGAGUGAUCUUUCACCGUCGAUAAUGGAGGCUGAGACCGGUGACCUCAGGUCGAAUAGUAGUUCGACCACGGAGAGAAUCGACGAAGGUGAUAAAGUUAAAGACAUUGCUGGUAACGAUAUCGGGAUUACUGUCGGUAUUAAAAAUUGGAUGGAUGGUUUCGUGUCCGAGGAAGGGGGCUCACGAUUCUUUCAGAAUCCAGAAAAAGCUGCGAAUUUGGUGUGCCGCGUGCUUAUGCUGAACGCCUGGAGGCGUAGACGCAAGGAAAUCUUGGGUUUUCGUCGAACGAUCGACAAUUUGAAUCAGCAAGUGAAAAAUCUUCAUCUGCAGAUCAUCGUAUUGCGUCGGUUGCUAGAUACAGAGAAUGGCCGCGUCUGUAAGCUAACUAACGAGGUUCGUCACGUUAGAACUCAGUUCGAUGAAACGUUGAAAGAAAAGGAUGCACUGAAAACGGAGACUGAGAAAAUGGAGGGAGAGAUCAGGCGUCUGAGCGAGUUAUCCGAGGAGAGGUUGGUCACGGCGGAGAACGUGCGAAAUGAAUUGCUUACCGUGCAAGCUCAACUGCAGUCACUCGACGAACAGCUUUCGAAGGAUAGAGAAAAACUGUUGAAAUUACGCGAAGAUAAAAAGAUACUUCUAGAAAAGGUAACAGCCAGCGAAACUCUAGCUGUUGAACGAGGAGCGAGAGCGGACAAAGCAGAAUCAGUUGGUGAGGAAUUGCAGAUGAAAUUAGCUACGCAGAUUGGACUGGUUGAAUCUUUAAAGCAACAAAUACAGCAAUACGCAAAGGAAUUGAAAAGCAAAGAGGAAGAGAAAUCGAAAUUAGAGAAACGCUUAAAAUCAUCUGAAGAAACAGGAAGAUCUCUACAUUUGCGCACAGUUUUCUUGGAAACUCAACUAGCCGACCGAGAAACAACCUUGCGUCGCGUAGAGUCAUCGUGCAUUUCCCAAUUAGCGGAAUUGAACGAAUUGAGAGAACGUCUAAUACGGCAGUCUCAAGAGGGGGGUUGGAGUAGCAGAAUGCUUCAGCUUGCUGGUAGCGUUGUACGUGCACCCAGAGCCAUUUUACGUACCCUGUUAUCAUCUACAGGUCCAGUGUUGACUUCUUAAAAGCUACAGCCAAUUGAGCGUUUAUCUUCUACACUUUUGAGUUUCUUGUUGAAACAAAGAAUUUGAAAAGUAGAACUUCCGGUUCAAUGAUUGUUUGAUGAAAAAGUGGUGGUACUGGUGGGAAGGGAGUUAAAUGGAAAUUGAGGAAGGGGGAGAGUUGUAUGGGAUCGAGAAGAUAGAAGAUUGAGGGAGACAGUUUCUAAGCAAUAGCAAAUUCACGGGUACUCAUAUAUUAACAAAAUUUUAUUUUUAUUUAUUUAUGUAUAUUUUUUUUUUUUUAUUCAAUAUACUUUCUGAUACGAGCGUCUUUAUGAAACGUGAAAUAUUUCAAAUUGAAGAAAAUGAUCAAUAAUCCUCUAUGAUAGUCAGAGACACAUUAGCGAUUAAAACUUGAUGCGAUAACAAAACUUGGGAUAAAUAGAAUAAAUAAAUAUAGAUACUGUUUUACUUUUUUAA